UGUCAAAGGUGUAAACAUUUUAACGGAACAGUUAUUUUCUUACAUCUCAUCUGCUGUGGCAUUCCAUUUAAAAUCGGAGUCAGGGGCCUCCCGAGGGCUGCAGCGGUCAGACCCGGGUUGUGCCAUAGGACUGCACACAAUUGCUCCAGCGUCGUCCGGGUUAGGGGAGGGUUUGGCUCAUCGCGCCCUAGCGAGUCCUUGUUGCCUGCAGGCUGACCCCGGUCGCCAAUAGGCUCUAUGCAUUAUACCGCCUCCAACAUUCUAAUUUACUUCCUACCGGGUUGAUAACUUCCGGAGCGAUUUCUGCUGUCUUUAUCAUUAGCUUACUAGCUAUAACUGUAGUUGAUGCAUUUCUGACUGAAAUAGUUCGCAAUGAUUACGUUUAAAUUACAGCCCGGCGAAGGAGGUGCUAAUGAACAUUGUUCAGUGCCUCUGUGUUCAGUUUCCUCCAAAUGUAAUGGUAUUGUGAGCUUCCAUAGUUUCCCGCUCGAUGUAACUUAAAGCUCAGAAAAAGGGUGGGAGUAUGUCGUGACAACUUUACUGUCACCAAACACACAAAGGUGUGUAGUACACAUUUUGUUGAGGGAAAAAUGGGGGGCGACAAUACCUAAAAAGAGGUGUUGUUCCUACUCUUCGCGUGGAACUAGCACAUUCAAAAGAGACCCGGUGUUUGGGAAAGAAGACUGAAACCUUCUGCUCCAACCGAGGAGGACGAAGAACAAGGUGCGCUGCUUAUGGACUGUGCCGUCUCUGAUCCGGUCCAGACACAUGAUUACUAUGCAGUCCCUGAACGUGACCCUAAUGGCAAAACAUGAGCACGUAAGAGAAAUUAAAGAGCUUCGAGCCAAGCUGGAGAACUGACCGCCCAACACGGCUUUGGUCUACAGCGAUUUGCUGGUUCUGACGAGGGUAUACGUUUUUACACAAGACGUCUGAAAAAGGCAUUGGGCCUCCCUGGACACUUCAAUAACCGCCCGAGAAACAGCAUGAGCCUGAAUAUGGGGUCAGCUGAUGGUGUCCUCAAGCGGGGGUCUUUUGGAUGGAACACUGAUGGAAACUUCAGCUCUGUAUGCCCCAAUGGAUCGGUAUGGGUUUGGGAAGGGCUGGGGGAAUGUGCCCAGGACGCCAGGGACAUGGCCAGUGUCAUCCUGGGUCUGCUGUCUAUAGUGUGCUUCAUGGUUUCUUCUCUGCCGCAAUACUACAGCUCUUGUAAGAGUGGGAAUAUGGACAGCGCCUUGUCCAUUUGGUUUCUGUUGCUGUGGCUGGGGGGUGACUCCUGCAAUCUUGUAGGCUCAUUCUUAGCUGACCAACUGCCGCUACAGACAUAUACAGCAGUUUAUUAUGUCCUGGCUGACUUAUUGAUGCUGGGAUUGUACUUUUACUACGUAUCUAAGCACAGGAUGAAUAACAACAGGUCGGUUCUAAAUGUAGUUGGUGUAGUCUAUAUACUGGGCUUCUUUGCCAGCCUCAUUGCCUUACCUGGGUCAGGGUCCCAACAGGAUGUCGUCCUCUCUGGGUUUAAGGGGCGGGCCUUGCUGUCAACCACUGUGGACAGUGUUAAGGCUUUCAGCACCAAGGAGAUUAUUGGGUUUACCAUUGGCUCCAUAUCCUCAGUGCUCUACCUCUGUUCCAGACUGCCACAGAUGCACACUAAUUACACAAGGAAGUCGACGGAGGGUGUGUCCUACUUCCUGUUUGCCCUGGUCAUCCUGGGUAACACUAUGUACGGCCUGAGUGUGCUGCUGAAGAACCCUGAGCAAGGCCAGGGAGAGGGAAGCUACGUCAUCCACCACCUGCCCUGGCUCAUAGGAAGCCUGGGCACCCUCUCUCUAGACAUCCUGAUUUCCGUACAGUUCCUGAUAUACCGCAAUAAUGCCCCUCUGGAGUUGGAAUCGCAGCAUGUUGAGAGAGCUCCUCUGCUGGACAAAUGAAACGGCUCCCUUUGUGCUGGAUCUAGCAGUUCAGACAAUUAUCCCCACCCAAUAGACUCACUCACAUUCCUAAACACUAAAUCCAUAAUGUUUUGAUAAACACAGGAAAUCCCUUUUCACUGUAUUGUUAUAUUUAUUUUUAUUUAUGUGAUUUGUGUUGUGAGAAAGAUGCCACUUUGUUCAUUGGGAUUCAGCUAUAGUUUACUUUAACUGUACUUAAUUGCUCUUAAUCUUUUAGAGAAGGACCUUCCAACCAUUUGUCUAAAUACUUCUAGUAUUUAAAAACCUCUCCUGACAAUCAUGACACUACUACUGGUCACUACAUGGAACCCUCUCGUCGGAUUAGAAUAGUCUUGUUAUUGUAUUUCAGAAGUGAUUGACAACAUAUUUUUUUGCAGAUCACUUCAUGUCUUGAGUAUACAGAGACAUGAAUCUUAGUGUCUUGACAUGUUCAUGUGGAUUUAUUGUAACUUCAUUAAAUUAAAGUGUAAAUAUCUGAAGUACUGUACUUCAUUUAUUUGAUUGUUUACUUAA